AUGGCGAAGGAGCAUGAGGAACACUUGAGAAUUGUGUUGCAAAUCCUGAAGGAGCGAAAAUUGUAUGCUAAGUUGUCCAAAUGCGAGUUCUGGAAAGAGGAAGUGAAGUUCUUAGGUCACGUGGUGAGCAAGGGAGGAAUAGCGGUGGAUCCUUCAAAAGUGGAGGCGGUGAUGGAAUGGGAAAGACCAACGAUGGUGACGGAAGUCAGAAGUUUCUUGGGCUUAGCCGGGUAUUACCGGAGAUUUAUUGAGGAAUUUUCCCGAAUUGCAUUACCAAUGACCAAGUUAACCCGGAAGGAGGUGCCGUUUGUGUGGACAUCGAAGUGUGAAGAGAGUUUUCAAAACUUGAAACAAAAGUUAACUUCAGCACCUGUUUUAAUCUUACCAAAACCACACGAAUCGUUUGAAGUGUAUUGUGAUGCGUCACUGAAGGGUUUGGAUGGCGUGUUGAUGUAG